AUGUCUGUCGCUAAGAUUGCUGGUGUUGUCCUCGGCUCGGCCGCCCUUGUUGCUGGCCACGGUUAUGUGUCUGGUGCUGUCAUCGACGGCGAGUACUACGGAGGAUACAUCGUCACCUCCUACCCCUAUGAGAGCGACCCUCCGGAGACCAUUGCCUGGUCUACCGAAGCCACUGACCUUGGAUACGUCGACGGCUCUGAGUACGCCGAGGCUGACAUCAUCUGCCACAAGAGCGCUAAGCCUGGUGCUAUCUCCGCUGAUGUCAAGGCCGGUGGUACUGUCGAGCUUCAGUGGACUGACUGGCCCUCCAGCCACCACGGUCCCGUCCUGACUUACCUUGCCAACUGCAACGGUGACUGCUCCGAUGUCACCAAGACUGACCUUGAGUUCUUCAAGAUCGACGAGAGCGGUCUUAUCAGCGACACUGAAGUCCCUGGAACCUGGGCCACCGACAACCUGAUCUCCAACAACAACAGCUGGACUGUGACCAUCCCCUCGACCCUUGAGGCUGGUAACUACGUCCUGCGUCACGAGAUCAUUGCCCUGCACUCCGCUGAGAACAAGGAUGGCGCCCAGAACUACCCUCAAUGUCUCAACCUUAAGGUUACCGGUAGUGGUAGCUCCACCUACUCGGGCACCAAGGGUGAAGCCCUCUACAAGGACACCGACCCGGGUAUCCUGGUCAACAUCUACGAGACCCUGAGCUCCUAUGACAUCCCCGGCCCUGCCAUCUCCGCCGUAAGCGCCACCACCACCACUGCCGCUGCUGCUGCCGUUGUCACCGACGUUGAAACCACCGUUCAGACUGCGGUCGCCACUGCUUACCAGACUUCGACUGACGUUGUGCAGGUCACUGUCACUGGCAGCGCCCCCCAGCAAACCCACAUCCAGGUUGCCAGCUCCAGCGCCGCCGCUGUUGCCACCCCCAGCAGCUCCAGCGUCGCCGUCUCCAGCGACAACCUCACCAGCUACUUCAGCUCUCUGAGCGCCGACCAGUUCCUCAGCGUCCUGAAGGAGACCUUCUCUUGGCUGGUCACUGAGAAGAAGCACGCCCGCGACCUCAACGCCUAA